GUGCUCGCUUAGCAGCGCCUAGGCUACAAACAAACUUGGUAUCUAGGGCCUAUGCUAACGGGACCUAGCUAGCCUGAAUGACAGAGUUAGCAUCGAGCUGUGUAACUAAAUACUCACAUAUUUUAUCCAGCAUGUGUUGGCUCUCCUUGCACUUAUGGUGUAAACAUAGCUUGUAUUAUGCUAGAAUCCAAAUCAGUGAGCUGCCCUGUGCAUGCUUCCUCCGAGGGCAGCAGCAUUCAUGGACAUUGUGGAGACCUUAAACCAUCUAAUACCCAGUGACCAGUUGGACGACUCCCUGAUUGUAGGUCGGAACUUGGAAUGUGAAGCCAGUAAUGAGCUAGGGUCUGGACUCCAGCUGGACAAUUCACUGAAGAACAUGCUCAGUGACAAAGAUCCCAUGUUUGGAUGUGCCAGCUCUCAGUCUCAGUUCAAUCUGCUGGACAAUGAGGAGUCUGCUUUUCCGGCUGCCACCUCCACAGGUCAUGAGGAUAGUUCAGCACCCGCAGGUCCCAGCAGUGAAAUGACAGUUGAAGAGACCACACCAGUGAAGCGUCCUGUUGGCAGGCCGAAGAAACGUCCACAGCAUUUAGUACAAGAAAAUAGUGAUGACCCACAACGCGUGAACACAUCCAACAUCAUUACCCGAGGACGACCAGGAAGGAAACCAGCCAACAGGCUACAAAAGUCAUUUCUCAUUGAGAAAGGAAUUAAAGACACAGAACUAAAGAAAGAAUUAACUCAAGGAGGACGCAUCAAUGUAAAUGAUCUUGAUGGAGGACGAUGGCUGAAUCCUACGGUUGUAUUGAGACGGUUAACAGUAACAAUUGGAGGAUUCAAGAUAGAGUUGCUUCCAGGACCCUCUUAUACACAAAACGUUGAUACAAGCCAGGCCGUGUGCAUUGAGGAUGAUAUGUCGCACGUUGUGAACAAAGAUUUGGCCGUGUUGCCGGGUGAUGCUGUCAAUGUACAAAAUCCCAUCGUUGAGAGUGUGGCAGAGGUGGAUGUAAUUGAGAAGAGCACUGCUGAUGAUGUAGUCCAUGGGCUGGGCCCCUAUGUAAAUCCCAAUGAUGUGCAGACAUCCAAUGGGACGUUAAAAGAGAACCCGUCCACACAAGAGACAAAGCUUGACAAUCAGAGUAUUCCUGAAAAGCAACAGCCAGUGAGUAACGAAAAAGAAGAAAUUAAUCAGCCACAAAGCAACGAAAACGACAGAAUUACUGUUAGUAAGACUGAGAGUAAAGAAAAGGAACUGAAUGUAGUGAAAAAUCUACUUAAAGCUAACCCUAAACAAGGACUGAUUCCUAACAAGAAUAAGGACUUGGUUUCAUGUAAACCAAAAACCGUGAUUACAGAGCAUAAAGUAUCCCAAAACAUGCCAUCGAAAAUCAUCCAAAGAGGUGACCUGCACAAAAAUAAACCUCUAAAGGACAAGAAAGAAGUCACGCCUUUGAAGAGGCCUGCGGAAAACGCCCAAAGUGAGCCUGCUUCUAAAGUGCAAAAGACACAGAGCACAGGAGACAGUAAAGUGAAGCCAAAACUACCAGCUCCAUCGAGCUCAGCAGUGAAGAAGAGCCCAUCAUCUGGCAACCGUGUUGGUGAUCAGCAGCCACCAACCAAACAUACGCCCGCUCCUAAUAAGUCCAAAGUUGAGUCUGCUCAGCCAGUGCACAGUCGUCCAAGCCAUGCAUUAAAAACACCUGAAGAGGGGGGACAGGAAAAGCCCAAACUGAAAAAGCCAGAAAAGAUCCUUCAGAGACAGAAAAGUAAAAGUGCAAGAAGCAUCUCUGUGGAUGAGCCGCAGCUCUUCAUCCCAGAUAACGCUCCUGUUGCGAAGAAGGAAGCGGUCGAGGAGCAGCCUGUGAACAGUGACACCGUGUGGGAUGGAAACAACUGCUGUGGCCUGUGUAAAAAACACCACAACAACACGUUCAUGGUAGGCUGUGGCCGCUGUGAAGACUGGUUCCACGGAGACUGUGUCGGUCUCGACCUGACAAAAGUACGUGAAAUGGAGGAGGAGGACCAGAUGUAUGUUUGCCUGAAGUGCUGUGAGGAAGAGAGCAGAAAGGUGGAGCCUGAGCCCCCGAGUGCACCCAAAUCAGAAGUUCCAGCAAAGACUGAGGUCCAGGACCAGAAGCUGCCUCCCAAACCAAAACCAGAACCAGGAUCCUCCCAGAGCCUCACAUCAGGGGGAGUCAGACCAGAUCCUGACAGAAGGCAGUCUGCAGAUGCCAGAGAUGGAGCUUAUAAAACAGGCGUUUCGCUGAGACAAGAGGCAAAAAGUAAAACUUCGGCUUCAAAGAAACCCGUGUCCGUGGAGGCCAUCAGACGAAGUGUGCGUGAUUCUCUGAAAGAAAUCCUUACACAGAGGUUGAAGGAGUCUGAUCUGAACAUCUCAGUGGAGCGGGCUGCUGAAGUCGCCAGGAAGACAGAGAGAGAACUUUUUCACUUGUAUAAAGAUACUGACAACAAGUACAAGAACAAGUACAGAAGCUUAAUGUUUAACCUCAAAGACACUAAAAACAAUGUCCUCUUUAAGAGAGUUCUCGAGGGGGAAAUUUCACCCAGUAACCUAAUUCGAAUGAGUCCUGAGGAGCUGGCCUCGAAGGAAUUGGCGGCUUGGCGACAAAGGGAGAACCGACAUACAAUUGAGAUGAUUGAAAAAGAUCAAAGAGAGGCAGAGAGACGACCGAUCACUAAGAUCACACACAAGGGCGAAAUUGAAAUUGAAAGUCAAGAACCACCAAAAGCGCCUGAGCCUAUAGAGCUGGAGCUUCCCCCCAAAUUGACUGAAGUCUUGAUAGAACCUUCAAAUACCCCAGAAAAGAAUGCGGAGGACACCAAGACUGAGAAAGACACUACCAGCCAACACAAGUCUCAUUUAUUUGACCUACACUGCAAAAUCUGUACAGGUCGUAUGGCCCCCCCUGUGGAGGAGGCACCUACCAAAGUGGUCAAAGUUGCUACCACCGUUGUCAGGAGGCAGUCCACCAAAUCAGAAGAGACAAAAAGCACAGCAGGACCUGCACUCGAAGACGACCUGCACCUCACUGUUUUAGAGGAGAGCUUCAGAAGUGCUCGGCCAGGCUAUGAAUCCAGGUCAGAUCACGGAGCUGGAAGAGAUGAAGAGGCCUUGUUCCUUUCCAGCCUGCAGUCCCUGUGGCGAGGAUUCAUUCACAUGCACGCUGUGGCAAAGCUUGUGACUAAAGCUUUCCCAGUCUCUGGAAUUCUGGAUAAUGUCACUGAGGACCUGCCAGACAGCAUUCAAGUUGGCGGGAGGAUAAGUCCACAGCAAGUGUGGGACUAUUUGGACAAGAUUCGGGCAAGUGGAACAAAAGAGGUGUGCCUGAUUCGCUUCUCCCCCGAGUCGGAUGAAGAUGAGAUCUCCUACGCUCUCUUGUACGCCUACUUCAGCAGUCGUAGGCGUUUCGGGGUGGUGUCUAAUAACCGGAAACAAGUGAAGGACAUGUAUCUCAUUCCCUUGGGUGCCACUGAGAAAGUUCCACAUCAGCUUGUUCCCUUUGAUGGGCCAGGUUUAGAAAACAACCGUGCCAACCUUCUUCUCGGACUCAUAAUACGCCAGAGAUCAAAAAGGGAUUUUCUUCCUCUGGACAUGAAUGAAACUGGGAGGAUUAUUCCUGAAAUCAAGCCUGUCACAGUUUCCGCUAAAGAAACCAGGACAACAGUGGAGGAUGAGAAGUUGUUUCUCUCUUCCUUAACUACAGUGCAUAAAAAAGAGACGGACAAACCACUUAACACCACUGAGGCUGUUGAUGAGCCUGUUAAAGAGGCUCUCGAAGAACCAUCUGCUUCAGAGGAGACCAACAAUCAGGAGCCACAAAAACCACUGCGCUUUCUUCCAGGUGUGUUAGUGGGCUGGGGUGGGGAAUUGCCACCUCUGCCAGAUUUUGGAGGAAAACCUGCACCAGCAGCAGAUGACACCCCUAAGACCCAACCACCUCCAAAAAACGUGGCACCGGCUGGGAACUCAAAAAGUCCAACAGCUGCUGCCCCACGAGAGCGUUUCGUCAUCAAGAAGAAAGAGGCUAAAGCUGCUAAAGCUGAACCAGAGCUCUCCAGCCCGACUGAUAUAUCUGCUGCUAACAACUCGUCAGGAAAAGAUGCUGCGGUGGUGACCCACGUUGCACAUCUCUCUCUGAAAGAUAAGCCUCCAGAUGUACCGACUGAAGCGUUCUUGGCAAGCCUGUCAGCGGCUCCAAGUGGGACUGAAACUAGCAGUGCUGCCUCGGGAAACAAAGGCGAUGCCGGCCUUUUGUCUGAAACCGAAAAAGGAUCGACUGAAGGGAAUUCUUUGUUGCAAUCAAAAUCCCAGACCACAUCAGAUCACACAAAUAGCUCAAAACCUCCUUUAAGUGGGAUAUUGAAGAAGUCCUCAGCGUAUUCCAGUGUAAAUGAAGAUAAAACCAUGGUGCUACAAAAGGAUAAAGUCAGCCAGCCAGCAACUUCAAGUCCUAAACCUGUUCCUGUGCUGAGCAGCACUAGAAGUGAUCCAGUUACAACAUUUCACCAAGGAUAUUUACAGCUUUCUCAGGCCAAGAACAAGCCUGAGGAACAAAACCAAUCUGCUGUUCAAUCGUGCUCCCCUAAAAAGGAAGAUCCUGCCAUGUCCCAGAGUGGUGCUACUGUAACACCAACAGUAUAUCCUCCUGCAGUACAGGGACUACCAGCUGCACCCGCUUUCCCAGCACACAACAGUGUAGCAGCACAUCUCCCACUGCAACAGCCUCAGGUACCUGGCAGCUAUGACUACCUGAGUGGCCCUCCUGCUAACACUUUCUCUACCCCAAACACCCAGGAUCAGAUUCACAGUACGACGUGCGCUCAGGACAGCACAGCGUAUGUUCCUGGACUUCAGUCACAGUACGCCGAGAGCUACCCUCAGCUAUCUGAGCAACCUCCAUCCCUGGCCAAAGACAACAAGCGUCCAGAGGAGCGAUACAGCGACCCGUGGGCGAGGCCACGAAACACAGAGGACAGAGACCACCAUGGGCGGCACAGUCACCACAGGGACUCCCAUCACGGGAAAAAGAGCAGACACCAAGACCGGGAGCGGGAGAAAAAGUACGAUCGCAGCUCCGAUGACAAGUACAGAGAGAGGAGCAGGCACCACGGACACUCAGACGACCGUCACGCUGAGAAGAGGAAAGAGAGGCACCACAGCGACGACUACAGCAGCCGCCACAAGGACAGACACAGACACAGACGGGACUCUGAUUAUGAGAAUGGACGUAGAAGUUCAAAAGAUAGUUACUCAUAAUUGUUAAUUUUAUUUUAAAGCAGCAUAGAGCUAGAAAGACUGUCACAGCUUGUUUGUUUUAUACACCAGUCUGCGGCUUAUAUGCCAUUUUCUUCAUAGAAGUUCCAUUAUCCAUUAUGCAGCCAAAAUGAGAUAUCAUUUCGUCUUCAGACCAAGAAGAACUCAACAUUGGGAAAUUUUUCAAAAUUUUAACCUUUUACUGUUCAUGUAUUGUUCACAUUAAGCUGCUGUUUUGACUACAGAUGACCAGUAAAUGUCAUUGUCGCGGUAACAUACAACGCGUGUGUGUGUGGACCAUUUGAUCAGAAGUUUAAGUUUAACAUAUUGAAUGAAUGUAACACAAGGAUGGCUCUUAACAGCAGCUUUGCUUUUUUUCAACUUCAUUUCUUUUAAAUUGCUUAAAUAUUUUAUAUACUUACUUUCUAUUGAAAAAGUAUGUACAUUUUGGCUUGUAUAAAUUAGAGAUGAAGUGUGCCUUUGCACCGUGUGUUUAUGUACAGUUCGUAAUAAAGCUAAUCCUUUUUUUAUUGUUGAUUAUAAAAACGUAUGUCUUUGAAUCAAAGGUAAAAAAAACACUUGCAUAUUGUGAAAUCGGAGCAGUGAGUAGAAGAAGCAGCAGAUGGCGAUAAUGCACCUUGAAGUUGGUUGCCACCCACCAAUAAACAGAACAUAAGAAGGAGCUUUGAUUCAGACACGAUACAUACAUUCCAUUGAAAGCUAUUAUACAUAACAAAUCAAAUGACAACUGAACUAAGAAGUGUUGAAAACAAGUAGUCAAAUAUAGUUCAGUAUGAACUUUACUUUGAAA